GGAAGCCAUCGCUGGUUGCCCGGGAGGGGGAAGCCAUGCACCCUGCAGAGGCUGGAAAGCCUUUAAUUAAAUUCAACCACUGUAAGAAAUACAUCUACAGCUUCAGCGUGCCCCAGUGCUGCCCCCUCUGCCAGCAGGUCAUGGGCUCGAGGAAGCUGGAGGAAGCACCUGUGAGCAUCUCCAAUCCGUUUACCAAUGGGCAUCAAGAACAGUGUUCCUUCCUCCUCCGACCGACCCAAGGGACGUUUCUUAGGGAGUACGAUGGAAGGUCUGACCUUCACGUUGGAAUAACCAACACAAAUGGGGUUGUGUAUAAUUACACCGCGCACGGGGUCCGGCGAGACGAAGCAGGGUGGGAGCAGAGUGUAAGCAUCCCCUUGGUGCAGCCUGGCAUGUUUGGACUGAUGGGUCAGUGGGACAAGUACCUGGAAGAAUUCUCCGCCUCGGGAGCCUGGCUGCCUCAGAGGUAUGAAGAAGACCAUCACAACUGCUACAGUUACACCCUCACGUUCAUUAACUGCGUUCUGACCGCAGAAGGCAAGGGGCAACUGGACAAGCGUGAGUUCACGGAGAAGUACGUGGUUCCGAGGACAAGGAAGGCUUCCGAGUACAUCACCCUCUACCGGGCGGUAGAGGGGCGUGGCUUCUAUGUGACCGACCGCCCUGAGGAAGCGACAGACCCUCCUGAGGGGGGCGGUGUGUGCUGAGUGUGCCGUGUGCCAGCAGAGGGGCAGCUCAGGACUUCCUACCGUUAGAAGACACUAGAGAUUUCUACGGGGGCUAAACUGUGGUUAAUAUGACUUUAUUUUUAGCAAAUUUCCACUCAAUGCAAUAUAAGAAUGUAUAAAAUUAAUAAAG